AUGAAGAUCAAGAGAAAAUUUUGCAGAGUGCCAAAAGUUUUGAACAUAAGCGAGAAAAGCAGGCACAGUGAAAAAGAUGUGAGCGUGAUAGAAAAUGAUGAGCCAAAAUUUGAUGAGUACUUCAGGAUUAAUCAUAAUUUGGCACCGCCCUACAAUAUAUUGAUGGAUACCAAUUUUAUUUUGCACAGUGUUCGGAAAAGAAUGGACAUCGAGACCGAGCUAAUGAGGGUUUUGUUCAGUAACGUGAAAAUUUGCGUGCCAGAGUGUGUUUUUGCCGAGAUAGAAAAGAUGGGACUGAAGUACAGAGUAGCACUCAUGGCAGCACGGAAGCUGAAACACCAAGUGCUUAUUUGUGACCAUAAGGGCACGUACGCAGAUGACUGUAUCAUGGACAGAAUCACGCCCAAUAGGUGUUAUAUCGUUGCAACAUGCGAUGCGGAUCUGAAGAGAAGGAUUAGGCGAAUACCUGGUGUACCAAUAUUAUACAUAAAUGCUAGAAAAUAUGCGGUAGAGAGUUUGCCUAACGUUUAAUACCGUUCAGAAGUACUGAGUAGUUGGUCUUGGGUGGUAUUGCUUUGAUUUGAGUGUGAUUAGUUAGAUAAAAACAACUGGUAGAUACCAACGGCUUUAUGUUUGGUGGUACUGCUUUGAUUUUCAGUAG